CAAGAACCAUCAUGUGGAAUAUCCUAAAGGACAUACAAAUAUGGGUUUUCUUUAUUUUAUUGCUGCCAACCCAGAAAAUAAAUAGUCAAACAAGAUUCAGCCAAACAUCAAAUUCCUCGUUUUUUGAUGCUUCAAAUUUUAAUAAAAAUUUGAGCUACAAUAAAAAUGUGUCCUUUUUAUUUUUUCCAUUAAAAGAAUUUAACAAAGAAUAUCACGAAAAGAUAGAUAUUAAAAAAACAAGAAAAGAUAAUUUUUUUGAUAAACAAAGGGUUACUCGAGGCUCACAUCGUUCAAACAUAUAUCGACUGAUUAAUCUAAGGUCUAAACCCGUAAACGGUUUGUGGAACCAAAAAAGUUCGCUUUGGAGAAACAAACUACCGUUUUUCCAUGAAAGAUAUCCGAGAGACAUUCAAACCCCAACUGAAAUAUUAAAUAAAAAAUACAAAUUUAAAACUGCAGAGCCGCAAAUAGAUGAAACAAGACUCAUGCGACUAGUUUUAAAUGGUCUUCGAAUGAAAAAAGUACCGGAUAUGAAAAAGGUCAACAUUAGUCAAAUUGAGUACUCUAACAAAUAUAUUGAGUACUUAGCUCGUCAAAGAAGAAAUCAAAAAAUCGGCGCUGGACAAUACAGCAGAAAUUCAGAGUUAUUUCCCUUAAAGGAACUGCGCUUACUAAGCAUUGUUUCCAAUAGUUUUAAGGACAUAAGCUUUAAUCGAUGGCGACAAAAAAGAUCUUAUAAUAAUUCAAGCAAUGCUAAGGAAGAAUAUCGAUUCCGACAAAGGCAUAAAACAAAUAUUAUUUUGAAUUUUCCGCUUUCUCAAAUAAGUCAGACCCACAUUCAACGUAAUGAAAUUGACGAAGCAAAUGUAAGACUUAUGCUUCUUUAUAGUUCAGCACUUCGAUCUAAUGUGCGGCGAUUCGGAAAAAAAAAAAUCGUUGACAGUCACAGCUAUUCUGUAAAAUCCAAUAAUAAUUGUUCAAUGGCUUAUAUUAAGGUAAAUCAACCUAAAGCAUACAAAACGCGUGCUCAAAACCGUCAAAUAAAUCUUAAAGUAUAUCAAAUUUUAUCGACGACUAGAAGAAGAUUGCUAACAUCUCGAAAGAUUGAGUUUGAGAACCUCGACUACGAGGAUACUCGUACACAGUGGAUUGAAUUUGAUGUUACAAAAGCAGUUCGUGGAUGGUUAAACAAAAGUCAUGAACAUUUAUGCAUUGAAAUUGAGUGCGAUAAAUGUAAAAAUAUAGGAGCUCGUAUAUUAAAUGACGUUAGCUCCACAACUUCAACUGCAUUUACGCCAAAUAAUGAACAAUUUAAUUUAAUGCCGGUUUUAAAUAUUAUCGGACAAGAAGUUCAUAGCAUCAUGCUAAGUAAAAAUAGUAGUGAAAAAUACGUCCACCACCAUCAAAACUAUGAUAUCAACUAUUCCAGGGAAAAAUGGAAUAAUAAUUGUUAUAAAUUACACCAACGUUGCUGCAGACAUCAAUUAGACGUUGUUUUCAAAAAAAUUAAAGGAUUUGAGUUUAUUUUACAACCAAAAGUGUUUGAUGCUGGCUAUUGCCAUGGACGCUGUCCUCCACGUCACAAUCCUGCCCAUCAUCAUGCACUAUUACAAAGUUUAAUAUGGCAAGAAAAUCACACCAGAGCACCUCGCCCAUGUUGUGCUCCUUCAAAACUGGACAUCCUAGAAAUUUUGCAUGUAGACGAAGAAAACACCGAUAAAUUAAAGAUUUCAACAUGGACUGAUAUGCAGGUUGUGGAAUGCGCAUGUUCUUAAUCCAAGUGGUUAAAAAGAUGUUUUCGUUUUUAAUGUAUAACCAUUUUUUUAUUAGUUACAUGUCAGUAUGGAAGCUCAAACUUGUAACAGUCACACAUACAAAUUUUACAUAUGUAGGUAUGUCAGAGAAUAGAAUGGAAAAAACCGAACAUUAGCUCAAAUAAAAUCUACGCUUCAAUUUUUUGUAUUAAUACCGGUCGUAAUAGAUGUUGUAAAUAGAUCCCUUAAAAAACCCUUAAAAAAAAGAUAUGGUUUAUAGAAAGUGCAAAAUGCUAUAUGUGCGAAAUUUGAUUGAUUAUAAAAAUAAUGUUGCUCUUUCUUGCCCUACCAUUUGGUUACCAUUUAAAAGAUGGUUACAUAAUUAUUGACCCAUUCCUAAUAUCAUCCUUAAGAGGAUCAAAUCCUUUAGAGUUCCACACUGCCUUCCAUCGUUGGCUGAACAGAUAUAAUUUUGGACUUUUAGCACGUUACUUUUCAAGCAUUUUUUUAAUGUUCGUCCGAUUUGGUACAACGCUUAUAGCAAAGAUUAUACAAUUCAUAAAUUGGACAUCAAGGGCCAAAACAAUCAACUUUUUUCGUCGAGCUUGUUGGUGAGGGGGUAACGCACAUGGAUACGAUUCUAUUUUUAAAACUCUUUACAUGCGUCAAACAAAAUUUGUGCCUUUGUAUGUAUUUGUCAGUGCUCGCACGACGGCGUGAAAAUGUUUUGGCUUCCAAAUUAAUGUUUCAUAUUCUCAUCGUUUCUGUUUUCAAUGCGUCGAUGUGGUAGUAAAACAAAUAGUACUUUUGAUCGCUACCGCUCGUGUCGGGGUGGUAGCGUAAUGCAUAGAAUAGUUGCUCUUUCUAAAAUUUUCCUAUGUUCAAAUCCUCCGAAGAACUUCAAACUAUGUAGUACUGUUUAAUCAGAGAUUAAUCAGAGUUAAUGCCGCGCAAAAUUUGUAGCCCUCGGAGCCUUGUUGGAAACUUUAGUUCUACCUUUAAUUGGGAGCAGCUUGUCUCGAAUAGCUUCAACGUGGCGUUUAGUGCGUUUAUCAACCCUAAAAAAAUAUAUAUAUAAAACAAGAAAAAAAAGCUAACUUCGGGUUAUAAAAUUUGGUAGGUGGGAUUAACUGA